UCUCGGUCGGUAAAUAAAAUGGCAGGUGCCCCUCCGUUCCCGCCACUUUCACAUUCUGUCCUUGCGCGCGCAUUUGUGUGGCAGAUGCUGAGGUGCCUGCACCCCUGGCGGCUGAGCGGUGGCCGGGCCGGACUGCGCCUCCUGCAGCGGCAUCUGUUCACAAUGAAGGUGCAGUCUCCCGAGUUCCAGUCGCUGUUCACGGAGGGGCUGAAGAGCCUCACGGAGUUAUUUGCCAAAGAAAACCACGAGCUGCGGAUAGCAGGCGGCGCCGUGCGGGACCUGCUGUCCGGCGUGAAGCCGCAGGACGUGGACUUCGCCACCACCGCCACGCCCGAGCAGAUGAAGGGGCUGUUCCAGGCGGCCGGCGUCCGCAUGAUCAACAACAAGGGCGAGAAGCACGGGACCGUCACGGCCAGGCUGCAGAACGAAAACUUUGAGAUCACCACCCUGCGGAUUGACGUGGUCACGGACGGAAGACACGCGGAGGUGGAAUUCACGACGGACUGGCAGCAGGACGCCGAGCGCCGAGACCUCACUGUCAACUCCAUGUUCCUGGGCUUUGAUGGUACUUUAUAUGACUACUUCAAUGGUUAUGAAGACUUAAAAAAUAAGAAAGUGCGAUUUGUUGGGCAUGCUAAAAAGAGGAUACAAGAAGAUUACCUUCGAAUUUUAAGAUAUUUCAGGUUUUAUGGGAGGAUUGUAGACAAACCUGGUGACCACGACCCUGAGACUUUGGAAGCAAUUGCAGAAAAUGCCAAAGGCCUGGGCGGAAUAUCAGGAGAGAGGAUUUGGGUGGAACUGAAAAAGAUUCUGGUUGGAAAUCACGUCAGUCAUUUGGUUCACCUCAUCUACGACCUCGACGUGGCUCCCUACAUAGGUUUACCUGCUAAUGCAAGUUUGGAAGAGUUUGACAGAGUCAGUAGGAAUGUUGACGGACUUUCACCAAAGCCAAUGACGCUCUUGGCCUCGUUAUUCAAAGUGCAGGACGAUGUCACAAAAUUGGAUUUGAGGUUGAAGAUUUCCAAAGAAGAGAAAAACCUUGGCUUGUUUCUAGUUAAAUAUAGGAAUGACUUAACUAAAGCAACGGAUAGUUCCGAACCACUGAAGCCCUACCAGGACUUCAUUAUAGACUCCAGGGAGCCCGACGCCGCCGCCCGCAUCUGGGAGCUGCUGAAGUACCAGGGCCAGCCCGGCCUCCUGCGGGACCUGCAGCAGUGGUCCGUGCCCUCCUUUCCCGUCAGCGGCCACGACAUCAGGAAGGCGGGCAUCUCCUCCGGGAAGGAAAUCGGGGUGCUGCUGCAGCAGUUUACCAGAUGGAGAAGGACGAGCUGCUGAGUCACAUAAAGAAGAGCUGAGGCCGUGGGAGCCGCCCCCAGCAGGACGUCUCGGUAAGCCGCUCGCCUCUGCCCUGGGGAGGCUUGAGAGACUUGAGGAGCAGCUGAAGGCAGCUGAGGGUCUUCAGAGAAUAAAGCCUUUUACACUCUGC